GACACAAACGUGCACUGUCACACUUGAGUGUAGAAACAAAAACACAUUUACACUUAUGUAACAAUGAUAAAUAAAUGAUUAAAAAUAAUCUAUUAACAGAGGUUACCUAUAAAUAGCAUCACGUACAUCAGGAAACUUUAACAAGUUCAAGUUGUAUAAAAAGCAUUGUUGUAGGAUUUAAAUAGGUGAAUAUUAAAGGAAAACCGUAUGAAUUCGGGUAACAAUUCUAUAGUUUUCAGGUUGAGUGUAAGCAUUUGAAACGUAGUUUUCUAUCCAUAGUUUGCAAUAUCCCAGGAGAAAAGGACUGUGAACAUACAGGCGAUACAUCAAUGGUUCAUAUUCAUCAAAAGGUAUACUAGUUAAAUCAUGUUUACCAUGAAAAGAGAGGUUGUAAAAAGGGACCACAAGCUACAGCUAAAGUGAGGAGGUCCUUUUCUAAAAACAUUUGUCUUUUAUCUAAAUUGUUAAGCAAUGAGAACCCAUUGCCAAACAUCUUUCUUUAUAUACAACAUGGCUGUUCACGUUCUUAAAAUUAAUUAGAAAUGCUAAUGUUGUCUUGAGAGGUAUUGUUUUGGUAUCCUGUCCUCGCCCACCCGACCUUAAUAAAUCUUGCUUUACAUCAGAAAAUUGCAAUAUAACUUUGUUUUCCUGUAAAAAAAAAAAAAAAAAAAAAAAAAAAAAAAAAAAUCUCACAUAUGUUUCCUGGGUAUAUACAGUAUGUGUGUCUUCUGCAUUCAUUAUUCCCCUGUGACAAUUCCUAGAUCCACUCGUAUAAUGUACAUAUCUGUGUUUUAAUAAUCAAAGUAUUUAUGACACUUUCGUUACCAAUCUUGAAAAAUAGACACUAGGAUCUAGAGGAACAUUGCUUUAUUUCUGGACUUGAUUGAAAAAAAGAACCCGAUUAGUAUGAACGAAUCAACACCUCUGGUAAAUCCAAAUGACACAAAAUAAAAACAAAACACCCACCGCAAACAUUUAUGAUGAAUUUAAAACUCAAUAUAUCUACAUGUUUAUAGAAUCCAAAUGUGGCGUUUCAAUGCAAUUUCGAUAGACACACGAAAGCUUCAGUCGAUUACAUUACACAGUUGUACACCUGGUUGCGGAUCAAUGAUCUUUAAGAGACCUGCUUUAAAACUACUCAAGCAGUAGCCAUUGAUAUGAACUUGAGGAAUGCGGAACAAAUUUUGAAAGCUGUGUACAAAACAACAUUUACGGGUAAAUCAUAAACUGCAUAUCCCACAAGGACGCUGAGUUCUCCAUUAUUUUAAAACGAAACGUUCAAUUAGUAGUACACGUGACUAAGGUCGAACCAUUCAACGAUCUGACUGCUAAUAACUGUUCUUCAAAAUGCCCCAUGACCCACAGAAGGGUGAGAAAACUUGUAUGAUUUGACAUCACACAGAAGGAAGAACGGAAGUCUUUUUUACAUGGUGGUGAUAACAGUUAAAUUUAUCAGCAUCACAAGAUAACAGCUAUAUACAUCAGCAUCACAAGAAGAGAAAAAUGGAAAACAUGUGGUGAAUUCCCAAGUCCUGCUGUACAUCAGAGGAACAGAGGGUGAAAUCAGAGAGGUUCAUCCUGGACUUCGUUGAGGUCCUGCAUAUUAGAGAAAUGGAAUGUUGACGUCAAAGUGUACCAAGGCAUCCCCAUGUUGUGUGAAUUCAAGUUUGGUUGCGUCGUGACCCUUUGGGGCGAAAUUUGGGGCGACAAUAUGAUUUUAAGAAAACCAUAACAACUUAACAACAGCAGGGCCAGGGUGACUCAGAUUGUAUUCCAAAAGACCCAGACCCUCCACAUCAUGGACACACUAGGACUCUGUACUCAACUAAAAGUACGACAGUGUUCUCAAUGUCAGGGGGACACCGAGUUCUGCUGUAACACAUGUAAAUAUGAUCUGUGUUUACAGUGUAAAGAGAAACAUGUCAUUGAUUUAGAUAUCAAACACCAUGAUGUUGUGAUUUACCGUGAGAAGUUUAACUACAUCCCCAGACAAGAGAUCUGUGUCAGACAUCCAGACAGGUUCUAUGAAAUGUUCUGUCAGUCGUGUGAACUUUCUGUCUGUUUCCGAUGUUUAGAGCACCGAAAACACCAAAUACUGGACAUUAGAACAGCCUAUCAAGCAACGCGACAACAACACAGAGAAAUCAUUGACAACAUCAGAAGUGAGACUCUCUAUAACUGUCGUGUUCUCCUGGCACAAAUCCAAACUAAUAUCCAAACUUGUCCUCCACAAAUCUAUUACCGUCAAUCACAGAUGUCAACAAAAGCACAGAGACUGAAGGAUCUUAUUGACACCGUGGUAUGUGAUGUUAAAACAAGAUACCGAGGUGUAUUGAUUAAUAGAAUACAACAACAGAAAAGAAAAAUGAAGAGACAACUUGUUUACCUACAGAACUGUGAAGACAGAUAUGAACAAUCAGCAAACAGAGCGGUACAAUUCCUCUUGUUUAUAAAGACCAGUCGUGUCCCCGAAAUAAAAAAUAGUCCUAGUCAGUUAUUGAGUGUCAUCACUGAAAUCCAAAUGACAACAGGAAAACGACAAGUAGGAAUAGACGAGUGUGUGAAACUGAUGUCCACACCUGUAUUACACACGUCUGUCUUUGUGACAGGUGUUAGUCGUGUGAUACACAUAUCUCGUGUGAUGUCUGACAGGGUCUGGGUCUCUGAUUAUUAUAAUAAUCUCAUCUUGACAGACACAACAGGAGAUGCUAUACACCGUGUGACAGAUAGAGCAUUGUAUGUAGGAGGACUACACACAGUGAACAAUUUUGGUGAACUGAUUUAUAUAGACAGGAAACGUAACAUUAACAAACUGUCUACAGACAAUCAAACAGUCACCAGACUGUUACAGAGACCAUCACCAUGGUAUCCACUGUGUGUAUACUGCUUCCCGUCCACUGGGGAUCUGAUGGUCGGGAUGUGGAACACUGAUACAAAGACAGGCAAAGUAACCCGUUACAACAGUAGUGGUCAACACAUCCUCACCAUAGAACACGACAACACAGGUCACACGCUGUAUAGUGGUCCUACAGAUAUCACAGAGAACAAUAACGGUGAUAUCAUUGUGUCUGACUGGAUUAAAUAUAACCGUGGUGCUGUAGUGGUGACAGAGCGCGGGGGAAUAUAUCGAUUCUCUUACACAGGACCUCCAUCAGGAUCGCCAAUAUGGCCACGUGGAAUAUGUACAGACGCGCUGUCACACAUCCUGGUGUGUGAUGAUAACACCGAUACAGUACAGAUGAUUGACAAGGACGGUCAUUUCCUGUCUCUGUUACUGACACGACAACACGCAAUAAACAAACCACUCAGCCUGCAUUAUGAUGAUAAAACUUACCUUCUCUGGGUGGGAACAGACACCAACACAGUGUCUGUAUAUAGAUAUCUACAGAGGAGGUACUCUCUGACUGACUAUCCAGACAGUGUGGAAGAGGAUACCAGAGAAGAAGCUGAUCCUAAAACAUGUUGCCAGAGGUGUAUCUUGGUGUAGAUGUAAAAAUUAAUUUUCCGAGUGGUGUCACAUAAUCUUUUAGUCAAAUAUGGCUUUGAAAUUGUAUCAACAUUUUAAUAUGUAAACGUACAAAACAUCAAUUUCAAAUUUUAGUGUGUUAAUACAUUUAAUGAAACAUUCUUAUACUCCCGAACACAGUUUUGGGGGGUAUUUAGGAAGCACUCUGUCUGUCUGUCUGUUCGUCUGUCUGUCUGCAGAUUCGUGUUCGGGCCAUAACUUCUUUGUUCUUUGACUUAGGCAUACCAUAUUUGGCAGACAGGUGGAUCAUGAGACAAUUUGUCGAGUAUCUUCAUGACCUCUAUAUGACAUUGACCCUUGACCUCAAGGUCAAAAUGAAAGAUUUUUUACAAUGGAUUCGUGUCCGGGCCAUAACUUAUUUGUUAUUUGACAUUGGCAUACCAUAUAUGACACAUGAGUGUAUCACCAUGAAACGCUGUGUCAUGUACCUUCUUGACCUUCAUAUGACCUUGACCUCCAGGUCAAAAUUAAAGGUUUUUACAAUGGAUUCGUGUCAGGGUCAUGACUUUUUUUUUCUUUGACAUAGGCAAACAUGAGACAAUGUGUCGGGUACCUUCAUGACUUCUACAUGACCUUGAACUUUACCUCAAGGUCAAAAUUGAUUAUAGGGUUUUGACAGUCAUACCAUAAGACAAUAUUGUAUCACCAUUAGGCUAUGUGCCAUGUACAUUCAUAACCUCUUUAUGACCUUGACCUUUGAUCUCAAGGUCAAAAUUAUAGGUUUAUACCCAUGGAUUUGUGUUCGGACUAUAUCUUCCAUUUUCUUCUACAAAGGCAUACCAAUUUUUUACACUCAGGAAAGUGGUAAUUUAUACCUAUUAACAACACCCUUUGGGAGAUUGGGGUAAGUGGGGGUAUUCUUAGUGAGCAUUGCUCACAGUACCUCUUGUUUUAAAGUCCUGUAUAUAAAUAUCACAUCUUGAGAAAAGUGUUUCCUUGAAAGUUUACGGAAAUGACUUAAUGAUUGCAUGUCAUAUUUUACAGAUGACAAACGAUUGCCAUUACCCUUCCUUCAGCAAAUGGUUCUGAUCUAAUUUCCUAAUUUAGUGAUGGUGGACAUUGAUUACAUCUCCUCAUCUAGUGAUGGUGGACACUGAUUACAUUUCCUCAUCUAGCGAUGGUGGACACUGAUUACAUUUCCUCAUCUAGUAAUGGUGGACAUUGAUUACAUUUCCUCAUCUAGUGAUGGUGGACGCUGAUUACAUUUCUCCAUCUAGUGAUGGUGGACACUGAUUACAUUUCCUCAUCUAGUGAUGGUGGACAUUGAUUAAAUUUCCUCAUUUAGUGAUGGUGGACACUGAUUACAUUUUCUUAUCUAGUGAUGGUGGACAUCGAUUAUAUUUCCUCAUCUAGUGACGGUGGACAUUGGUUACGUUUCCUCAUUUAAUGAUGGUGGACAUUGGUUACAUUUCCCCAUCUAGUGUUAGUGGACAUAUAUUACAGUUCUUAAUCUAGUGGUGGUGGAUAUUGAUUAUAAUGCCUCAUCUAGAGAUGGAGGACAUUGAUUGCAUUUCCUUAUUUACAUUGAUUCAUUGACGUUAAGCUCUAUGCUUUGUAUGGCCACUUUCAUGAUUUAAAACUAAAAAUAUUAAAUCAUGUAUUUCCAUU